AUGUCGUCAGCCUAUCAAAUAUAUCGUUCAACAACUAUUGGUUUGGCUCUUGAUGAUACUCUUCGUGAACUGGUUCGUAAACAAAUAUUUACUCCUCGUAUUGUUCACUAUAUUCUUGAUGUUUUCGAUCAUAUUAUUAAUGAAAAAUUAACUUAUCAAUCGGUGAAAGGAAAAAAAGAAUCAUGUCUUAUAUUUACAGGUCAUCUUCUAUCUUAUAGAGCAUGUGAUCAAGUAUGGACAUUACUAUUUGAUUCAUUAACAUUAACAUCAAAUACAAAUUUAUCAUGGAAAAUGACAUUAAAUGGUCACGAGAAUAAAGUUAAAAUAAUUACUUGUCCUGCUACUAAAUUAAAUUCAUCUCGAGUUGAACAAACAACAAUAACAACAACAAAUGAAGAUGAAUCAAAAGUUAAAUCAAAAACUUUAAAAAAAUUUAAAUCAACAUAA